UCACUUAUAACAUAAUAAGACUUAAGAUAUUUCAAUUGAGCCAUCAAAACAGUGAUGCAAUUACUAUUGAUUUCAAUUAGAUGGCGACAAAUCUACAAAACCUUUUUUUGGAAUCAUAUGAUUACUCAAAUCAUUGCUAAUUGCUUUCAGUUAUUGAGUUCGUAAUUUGGACUAAAAUAAAGGAGCAAGUUAAAAAUUAUAGAGACUAUAGUAUUACCUUACUAAGAAUCAGAUGUUGAAGAACUUAGUGUUGAUUAAGAGUUGAGAACAUUCAUUUCAAGGAUUAAUUGGAAUGGCAUAUGAACAAUACUA